AUGGCUUCGGAGCUGAGCUCUUUCAUAGAACGGGAGCUGAAGAACAAGGGAUACGCCACGUACGAUGACGACCCUGAGGCCGACAACCCUCACCAGUCCCUGAUGGGUGCACUCCGCGUGGAGGCGCGCGUGAAGGAGGCCGAGUCCCAGAAGAAGCUGUUCACGCUGAAGCGAGCCGUGUGCGUCGGCGGCGGCAUCCUGCUCGUGCUAGUCAUGGCGGCGGCGCUCGUGACAGGCAGCCGCCACGCGGCGCGGGCGGGGCGCGCGGCAGAGUGGGGCACGGACACUGCCGAUGAGUACAGCGGGCCCGCGUCGGUCAAGAUCAGCGGCGGCGGCAGCAGCACCACCAGCAGCGGCGGCGGCGACGACGCUGCUCCCGCGCCCGCGCCGGCGCCACCUCAGGUCGAGCCCAAAGCUGCGCCACAAGAGGCGCCCACGGCCGCGCCCACGCCCGCGUUGUCGCCUGCGCCUUCUGCAAAGCCAAAGGAGCAGCAGGCAAGCCCGGCAGCCUCUCCAGACAGCAAGCAGGGCGGCGGCAGCGGCGGCGCAAAGGACGCGGUCCCUGCGGCGGCGGGGGCGGCGGAGAAGCAGGGCGAGCCCGGGGCCAAGGAUGCAGCGGCGGCGGAGCCCGCAGCGGCGGCGGCGGCAGGCAAGGAGGUGACGGCAGGCAAGGACGCAGCGGGGGACGCGGCUGCCGAGGAGGAGGCUGCAGCUGUCAAGAAGGAGGAGGAGGAUGAGAAGGCGCUGCACGAGGCGGAGGACGAACUGGAAGAGGCGGCGGAGGCGGAGGCGGACGCGGACGAUCUGACGGAGGAGCGGGCUGCGGCGGAUGAGGAGGCCAAGAGCAUUGAGAGGAUCGCGGCCCUCAAAAAACAGGUGGCCGCAGACGAGGAGGCCGUCGCGGCUGCAAAGGCCGUCGCCGCCGCGAAGGCCGCCGCCGCCACGGGCGCGAAGGCCGCCGCGGCGGCAGCCUCCCCGGCGCCCAAGGCGGCCGGCGCGGGCGGCAAGGCGGGGGCGCCGGUGACGUCAGCGCAGGACGAGGAGGAGGAGGAGGAGUUUGACCGAGCGUUUACAGUGGGGGACAGCGGCGGCGGCAGCAGUAACAAGACAGGGGACGCCGUAUUUCUAAAGCCGGCGGGCGCGGCGGCGGAGGCGGAGGCGCUCGCGAGGGCCGCCAAAAACGCCGACGCCGCGGCCGCGCCGGCGGCGGGCGGCGGCGGCGGUGCCCUAAGAAAGGCCCCCGAGCCUGCGGCGGCGGCGCCCGCGGCGGCGGCGGGGGCCAAGGCGGGGGCCGGCGGGGACGGCAAGAGGAAGGCGGCGGCGCUGUUGGAUGCGGAGGAUGAGGAGGAUUACGAAGGGCCGUAG